AAUAAUCAAGAACGAAGAAGAAAAGAAGAAGAAAGAAGAAGAGGUAGAGAAGCUAAAGUUUGUGUUUGUCGAGUGGUGGGUGAGGUUUUGUUGGGCGGAGAAGAAAGAUAAAGAAAGAAGAGAGAGCAAUUCGGAAUCGGUGGGGUCUACGAGCAUCGAAGAGAAGAAGAAAGAAUCAAUUGAAUCGAAAAAAAAAUGUCUCUAACUAGCGUGAAGAUGUCGGAAGAAGUGUGGUUAAGUUGCCUCACUCAUGCAUUGUCCACUGAAACCGAAGAGAUUAUGGGUCUUCUUCUCGGGGACAUUCAGCAUUCGAAAAACGGGAACGUGACUGCAUUGAUCUGGGGGGCGUCUCCUCAGACGAGGUCUGAUCGGCAGAAGGAUCGGGUGGAAACCAACCCUGAGCUGCUGGCCGCCGCUUCUGCCCACGCUGACCGAAUGACCGUCGCCACCGGAACGACGACAAGGGUUAUCGGUUGGUACCAUUCGCACCCUCACAUUACAGUUCUCCCUUCCCAUGUUGAUGUACGCACCCAGGCAAUGUAUCAGCUUCUUGACACUGGAUUUAUUGGCUUGAUUUUUUCCUGUUACAGUGAAGAUGCAAACAAGGUUGGAAGAAUUCAAGUAAUUGCUUUCCAGUCAACUGAUGGGAAGCAGAAUCACACAUCAAGACCUAUACCCUUGUCUCCUGUAAAUAGAAGCUCUAUUAUUGAUAUCGAUUCUUCGCCAAGUUCCUCGGAGAAUUUAUCAUUGAGACCUGGUUACUUCAAGGCAGAGAGCCCUGUGCAGGACACUGGUGAUUCAACAAGUGUCGGUGCUAGUAAGGACGGUGGGAGAUCAGACUUGGGGAAUUUCUUUGCUAAUGCUGAUGCCAACUACCAUCCCAACAAUUCAGACAUUAACUUAGUUGAUGUUGAUCCCAUGGAUAUGUCAGAUAGUAUGCAAGAGGCCAUGCAUCGUUCAAAUUUGGACAUGAGAGGUGCACAGAACGUAAGAAAAGAAGUUCCCCUUCAUGUUGUGCCAGCCUUGUCUAUACUCAACCUUGAUUCGCCAUUAUCAUCAUACGCAGAUCUGCAAAAUGUACUAUUUGAAGAGGAGCGAAGUGCAUAUAAUCAGGCCAUCUCACAAAAUAUGAGGGAUGGGAAAGUGCAUCCUCUGACUUUUAUACACCACACUUCUACUUAUCAGGCUUCCCUGUGCAAGUUGAUUGAAUACUGUUUAAGUCCUGCUAUAAGUACGCUUCAAGAUCGACUGAGAGAUAAUCAAAUUCGGCUAUCAGUUCUGAGUGAAGAAGCCAAAAGUCUGGAGGCUGAGUCAUAUAAUAGAGGUAGCGAAGCAAGUACUGGAUCUCCUCGACAAGUUGCAUCUCCUACACACCGAGGAGGUUCCUCUCCUGGUCUGAGAAAUUUGCACGGUUCACCGGAAUCAUCAGGUUCUAGGAAGGUGGCAAGUCCUGGUAGCCGGAGCAGAAAAGGAUAUUGAAGUGAAAACUCUAUUUUGAAGUAAUGCUUCAACCAAUAUAAUCGAUGAUGGUGAUUUACGAUUGUUUUCCUAAAAUGGGAUGUUUAAUAGGUAGAAUGUACAUGGAAAUGGUAUUGCCUCAGUUGAAAUGAUGCUAGAUGAUGUAUUCUGCUAGUAAUAGAGUAAAAAUGGCGGUUUGGUGAUUUCUUUCAUUUUGAAGAACACAUUAUUGAAAUUAUCAAAUGGCAUUCACGGUUGGAUUAAAAGCA